AUGAAGCUUGGUGCCGCUUCUUCUUCUGCGGCGACUGGCCUUGGGCCUGGCGCUGGUGACACAGCUGGGCAUCCUAGUCCUCCCAGCCGCGUCGUCGCGCCUCAGUUUCCUACUCGUGUCGGCUUUCUGGUCUUGGCCCCGAUGACUGUGCCAGAGGCUGUUGAGCUCACGCUCCCGUUGCCUUGUACGGUUCUCAGGGCCUGUGACAUGUUGGCUGAGGCUCGCAGGGAAGUCCUCUCGUCGACUUAUGGACACCUCAUCAUAGCCGAGCCUCAGCCUGACGCGUCUUUCGCCACAUUCCUUGCUGUCCCUACUUGGGCCACGGGCUGCUUAGCGAUUGUGGUGGAUUCCCGCUUAGUUGACGGACGCUUGUUUGCGACCACCAUUGCUAGCGGGCUUUUGCCGGGGUCCUUCCUUGUGCAGUUGGGCCUCUCGCCUUCAGUUGGGCUGAGGGUAUUCCACCGGCGGACUGUGCUGGAUCCUGCCCAACAUGUCAUUUUGCCCAAAGGCGAUACUGUGUUCAUCCUGCCCCCUGGGGGCGUGCGCCCCCCGUCCCAGCUCUUACCCGACAUGUUGCGCAGCACGGGUGGCUGGCGCGUACCUCUCGACCCGCCGCGAGGGUCUCUCCAGGUUCCGUUUUGCCUGCUGACUGAUUCCCCUCCAGGGACUAUGAGCCAUGCUAUGCUUGUUGAGGUGCCUGUCCAUCUGAUUGACACUGGUGAUGACCUCCGUGCUUUUUUGGCGGGCUUUCUUCGAGGGGAUCUGGAGAGCUUUUCCGUCUUUCGGCUGGCGCCUCGGGUGCGUGAUCUGUGUUUGUUUGGACAGGCCUGCAUUGAUGUGCUUGUUGUCACAGAGCGCAUCUCGCGGCUGCCAUGCCCGCCCAGGCUGUGGUCUCCUCAACAGGCUUCUAUCUUGAAGUCGGUGGGGGGGCCAGGUCUUGACACUGGAGUUUUUGCGAUGAUAUGGGGUCUGCCGGGUCUUCGCCAGAUGCGGGCGGUUCUGAUGGGGAUGGCAGCGAUUCUGAGGACUCGAGUUCCGACGAUGAGGCGCCUCCGCCACCUCCCCCGCCUGUUGGUGCAAGGAACCGCUCCCGCAGCCGCCCUUUCGAUCGUGCCGGUCCAGCUCUUGGGCUACGUGGUGCUACCCUGGCACCCUUUGCUGCUUCUGCUCUCCUCCCCCCCGGUGCGGCUUGCCAGGCUGGAGGCUGGGGUACUUGUUGGCCGAGCCGAUUGGAUCCUGCGUUACGGGAUGUGUCGGAGUGCGCUUGCUCGUCUCGCCGCUACGUGUGUUACGGUUCUCGUCUCCUUGGUCGUUCUUGCUGACCACCCGUGGCAUACGAUUAGCGUUGACGGGCCAGCCGCGCCCCCACUCUUCUUGGCUGCCUGUGCUUGGGAUGCCGCCGUCAGCGUCCUUUGCUCUGCACGGUUGCGUGCUGUGAGGGUUGCCAGUUCAAUUCCUGCAGACGAUGCUUCUGCGGAGCAUGCCUCCCCUCCUGCCUCGGAUAAGCUUCUCACUGAACCUAGAUGCAGUAAUGCUGGGCAGCGCAGGGAGCUUGAUGCCUUGCGGCAGGCGGCCACCCUCCUGGGAGGGGAGUGGCCCUACAUCCCAGCUGACUCUGAUGAUGGGUCCCUCCGGCCUGGCGUGCUGCAUGAUGGUGCUGGCUCGGAAGCUGAAGAAGAACUGGUCUGGGCCCUUUUCUCGGUUUUAGCUCCAGGGUAUGCGCCAGACACCUGCACGGUGCGAAUCAGCCUGCCGGCUACGUUCGCAGAGGCUAUGGUACUGGUCCGCGAGGCCCGGGCAGCCCCUUGGGCUGCUGGAUUCCCUCACCUUGUUGACGCUUCACCCCAGCCACUCGCGGGUCAUGGGGUGCUCGUCUGCUGUCCGCACUGGAGAGGCGUCUCUCUUGUGGCGUGCAUGGAUCUCCUGCACCUGGACGGCCGCCUGUUCGCAGCGGACGUCCCACAGUAUUGUGGCAGGUAUGCGCUCUUCCGGCUUGCCCAGGUAGUCCCGUCCGAUGACAUCGAGGUUUUUGCCGGAUAUGACGAUGUGCCACUAAUAGACGGGGUUGAGAUUCAUAUGUUCCCCGGUGAAACUGUCCGCUUCAUUCGUCGUCCCGGACCCCAGCCGGCGGUGCUUUCUCUCACGCAGAUGCUCUUGGAUCCUGCACUGUGGCGCUCUGCAAGCCCUUUGCCUGUGGUUGCACCAGAGGGCCUUUACUGCGUUGUCACGGAAAGGGUUGCCGGCCGGUCCAGGUUGAUCCUGCCUUUCCGCUUGCUUAUCGCGAAGCCCUGGCCCGUGCUACUGGGGUUGCCCCUUCGCGCCUCCGGCUUUUUCCAUCUGAUGAGCGUCACCGUCACCCCGGGUCAUGGAUGGGACCUCGUUGAGACCCUCCGCCAGCUUGCCCCUGCGGGUUGGCUCCCGAGCUUGAGCGUGGCUCCGGACGAGCACGGUUUGCUUCAGUUGGGGCCGGGACAGGUGCUGAGUCUUGACUACAUCCAGGAUGUUCCUGCCAGACUGGGCCCGUCGCCUUUUCCUGUCGCUCAGGCUGUCUACGCGGUAGCCUUGGGCCGGGCGCCGGAUGCAUCUGUUGAGGCGGUUGAGAUGUAUGAGGCUCCGGGCGGGCAUGAUACCCGAGCUGCCCCCUUUGCUGUCUAUGUCCCUGAUCGUCUCCCUUUCUGUGUUGAAGCCGAGCUGGCCUCUGGUGUAAGUGUUUUCGAAGCACUUGCUGCCGUUAACGCCUCUCGGAGCGCCCAGGAGCUGGCCCUCUUCCCGGGCCUUGUUCCUGUACAGCCUCAGCCCGACACCACGUGGGACCGUCCUGGCCGUUCCCUUGUGAGUGGCAGCCGCCCGGGGUCCACCAUCCUCACGGCCGCUAAGGUGGACCCUGGGCUCAAUGUGCUGGUGUAUGUCCGUGACGCCCCGCACCCGCUCCAGCCCGGUUACACUGUUGCGCUUGCUAAUGGGCACCAAAUCAGCCUAGCCAGCCCUCAACACCCUGUCCUGGUCAUCGCUUCCCUUGAGAACAUGUUGCAGGAUCUGGGGCCCUGGGUGGAGGAGCCCCUCCCCCCUGGCUGGUAUGACGCUCGCACUUGGAUACUUGGAGACUCCGAGGCUUUCGCGGUUGUUCCUGCUCGGCACCGACGCACUGACCUUCUUGCCGAAGUUGCUGCAACCCUUGGCUGUGAGAGCGAAGCCCUGCACCUGCAGCCUUGUGUCCCUAACUUGGUUGACCACUCUGACGUUGGUCGGAUGUCGAGGGCGGUCGUCGUUGCCACUUUGCGGACCCAGCUCGGCCCUGCCUCGGUUGUCUUCAUUCUUGAUCUGCGCCCGCUUUUUCUUGGCUUGGUCGGGCGUUGCGCUGCGAAUGGCCGGGUUGCCGGGUCCGACAUUGCUCGCCGCUUCAGUGGGCUUUGUCCCAUUGGCUUCCGGGUCUGUGUUACUGUCGGUCAGACUCGUGAGGGGUGUCCCUCCGAUGCCUUUGAGGUCCGUGCAGGUCAGGUGUUAGCUGUUUCCCUCGUGCGUGCCUCGGGCGCCGCGGCAGCCGAGGCAGCCAGCAUUCGUGACGUGCCUGUUGACAGUGCUUCGCCGGAAGGGGCUGGCGAUGCUGCUGAUCCUGAGUGGCCUGCCGGUGUUGCGCUUGCGCCUCCGAACACCGGGCCGCCUCCGUCCGGGGGUGGCUCUUCCCCAGAGAGGCGCGCUGCCAGGCAGGCUGGCUCUGCCCUCCCCGUUGCCGCUGUCCUUGGUGUCGUUUUCGGCGCAGGGGCUACCUUUGUUGCGCUUUCCUCUGCGCGCGGCGCUGGGCCGGUGCACCACUGCGGUUUAGGUGGCUCGGUUGCGCCCCGGGAUCCCAAUGAUGGUUCGCUGGUUACACUUCUGGAGCAUGCUAGCCGUCGCUCUGACUGCACGGCCUUUGUGGAUGCUAGGGCCCUCCUUGAGACUCUGCUCGAGCAUUUCGGCUCUCGCGCUCCAUCUCGGAAGCGACGUGGUCUUUCCGUGAUUGGGCAUUAUUGCGGGGGGCCAGAGGUUGUUGCUCCUGACGCCGAUGACGGGCCGGCUGAGCUCUCCUUGCAGCACUUGCUCUCGCCCGUGUGUGGGCGUGAGGUGCCCUGCUUUGACAUUUCGCUGGGAAUGUGUGUCACCCCUUUGACAGAUGCCCUCUUCUCCGAUCUGCAUCGUUUUGUGCCCUUCUCGGCGUUCCAGCCUCUGCCGCACGACUUGCGGGCACCGGAGCGCUUCCAGCAAUGGAUCGCCUGUGGCACUGCUGGUGUGCUCCCGGCUGACACGCUGGCCAUUUGUCUUACCUCUGAUGGCUCCUUUAAUCCGGCGACUGGAAAGGCUGGGUGGGGCCUUGUUGUUUCUGUCCUCACUCCGGGGAGCCCUUGCCCGCCAGGCCUGUUUGCUGGGUAUGCCUGUGGCAGUACGGCAGAGAUUUGGUCGCUUGGGAAGGGGAAGGCAACCUGUGAUGAUGUCAACGCAUAUGCCUCCGAGCUUGUUGGACUCUUGUGGGCCUCUGUGGCGGCAUUUCAGUGUGCCUAUAGCGGCCCUAUCUACUUUCUCUGCGACAACCAGGCGGCCCUCGGUGCCGCUGCUGGAGAUUGUGCUGCCCCUGCACAUGGCGUUGCGGCAGCAUGUGCCAGUCUGCACCAGGGUUUGCGCUUCCGACAGCAGGUUGUCCCUGUGUAUUUGCAGGUUCCCGGACACGAGGGGGACUUUGCUAAUGAGCUGGCUGACGCCCUCGCUUUGGCCGGUUCACAGCGGCAGGGGCGGAACCCCUUCAGUUUGGACUGGGAUGUCUGGUUUGCGGCUUCAGGUGAGGCUUUCAGGUGGGUGCCGCACGUGUGCUGGGCCCGCAGAUGCCCCGGCCAGGGUCCCAGCCUUUGCGAUGGUGUCAUGCGUUGGGCUGAGCAUGAGCCCCCUGAGCUCCUCACCCCAGAGGAGACGAUGUCUCCUUUCCUACGUGCGGUGCCUUCCGCUGCAGCUGCAGAUGCGACUGUCACGGUUGAUUUCUUGUGCCGCUUCGUUAGCUACAAUGCCCUUUCGCUUGCUGCCCCUGGAAGCUCUGACUGCGGAGGGGCCUUUGGCUUCCAUGGGAGCACUGGGCGUAUAUCUCUGUUGGAUGGCGCCCUUGCCUCUCACAGCAUCUAUAUGGCCGGAAUUCAGGAGGCUCGGACUCCGGCUGGCACGGCCCGCUCCGCGAGUUUCCGCCGGUACAGCUCGGACUGUCAUGAACAGCGGGCACUAGGAGUUGAGCUAUGGGUUGCGACCACAGCCGGCUUCCCGGAGCAUUCUGCCGUCGUCCUCCAUGCGGACCCCACCCGCUUAUGUGUCAGGGUCGCCUUUUCAGGGCUGAGCAUUUGUGCCUUUGUUUUCCAUGCUCCCCAUUGUGGACACAGUCUUGGACUUAGGCGGGAGUGGUGGAGCACCGCCGCCGCGGUAUGUUCCAGGGUUGGGUUCUCAGAGUUGUGGGUCUUCCUCUGUGACGCCAACUGUAGUGUGGGCGCGCUCACUAGCCGCCACAUUGGUCCUUUGCAUGCGGACCCCCUGGACGAAGUUGGUGAAAUUUUCCACACCUUGCUCCGCCGGUGUGAGGUUUGGCUCCCUUCUACCUUUGACGGCAGCUUUACUGGCCACGGGGGCACCCUUGUCCAGAAACGAUCUGGUGCUCUGGCCAGGAAUGACUUCGUUGGCUUGCCCUGCAAGUGGUGCAACCUGGAGGUACAGGGCCGUGUCGAGGCCUCGAUCUCGGCCGGGCAUGUUGUUGUUGACCACUUUGCUGUGCUUGUUCAGGCCCAUCGGAGGCCUCGGGCUGCCAAGAUCGACUCCCAAGCCCUGCUAGACCCUGCCAACGCUGAUAAGGUCAGUCGCAUUCUGGCUGAGGUGCCCGAUGUUCCCUGGGACAUUAAUGUGCACGAUCAUUCGGCGGUGCUGGUUGACUCCCUGUACCGGCAGCUGGCUUAUGCUUUUCCUCUCUCAGCUCGUCGGUUGAGCAAGCAUUACUUUUCGGCUGACACAGCCGCCGCACAUGAGCGGACGUGUCGGCUGCGCCAUGCGCUAAGAUGGCGCAUGGUUGCCUACAGUGGUGCUGUUGUGAGAUGUGCCUUUGCGGCUUGGGCCGCCGGCACGGCCUUCGCGGACAUCUUUCAAGGCCGCUGGCUGCACAAUUUGCGUCUUUCUAUUGCGUUAUCUUCCUUUCGGCUGAGCGCUGCGGGGCGCGAGGUCCGGCGGGGAUGCCGGCGGGACCGCCUCGCGUACUUUGAGGCUAUUGCUGAUGAGGCUGAGCGGGCUCCUCCUGGGAAGAUCCACAAGGCCUUGGGUAAGGUCCUACGCCCCCAAAAGUACCGGCGUGGCGGCAUGCAGCCUUUGCCCCGUCUGACUACCCCCGAGGGCAAACUCUGCGAGACGCCUGCCGCGGUGGCAGACGAGUGGCGCCGGCAUUUUGCUGAGCUCGAGGGAGGCAGCGACAUUUCUGUUGAUGCCCUUGUCGCUGGAUGUAUUGAGCGUCAGCGGGCACAAGGGGCCAUGUCUUCUGUUGCCCCCGCUGACAUUCCUUCGUUCGGGGAGCUUGUCGCCGCGCUGCGACAGAUGCAGCCUCACCGUGCAGGGGGGCCGGACAUGCUCCCGCCGGCCCUUUGUGCGAGAUUUGCGGUGCCAGUCGUGGCACUGCUUUGGCCCCUGCUCUUGAAAGGAGCGUUCUUCUCUACGGAGAGUAUAGGGUUUAAAGGCGGCACGCUUCACCACAUUGCGAAGGCCUCGUCCGGCGCCUCCACGCUUGCGUCGGCUCAGAGGGGAAUCCUUCUUCAGCCUGUGCUGGGGAAGGCGCUACACCGUGCCUUCCGACGCUUGCCCGCGGAGCGGUUUGAGGAGUGUGCUGCACCUCUGCAGAUCGGGGGAAGGCGGGGCCUGUCUUACGAGCUUGGCCACUUUAUCACGCGGAAUUUUUUGUCGGCUGCCCGACACCGCGGGGUUUCGGCCGCAAUAGUCUUUUCGGACAUUGCGGCGGCGUACUACUCGGUGCUCAGGGAGGUGAUCAUUGGCUCGCAGGCUGAUCGAGCCCCACUUGCGCGUGUCGCAGCCACACUUCGUCUGUCAGACGGGGACUUCCAGGAGGUUAUGGUGCUGGCUACGGAGCACCCCAUCAUCCGCCCGGAGGGCCCAGAUUCUAUGCUCCAUGCACUUCUGGCAGAGAUCCACAGUGAUACGUGGUUUCAUGCUGCGGAGGACGGGGUCCUGGUAAGGACGACCAGGGGAACCCGUCCUGGAAGUAGCAUCGCAGACGUGGCCUUCGGGCUGCUCUUUCAGAAGGUCCUGGACCGCCUCCGAGCACGUCCCUGUCUUCAAGUGGCUGUUUGUGACGUGGUGUGCACGGACGACCACGCUGCGUGCCUCUUGUCUGCCACUGCCCCUGGCCUUGGCCGCGCGGUUGGGCGCGUGCUAGGCGCGUCCCUUGACGCUUUGUCGGCGCAUGGGCUCUCCCCGAAUUUUGGCCCUAAGAAGACGGCUGCAGCUUUGCUUGCUCAUCGUGGUCGUGCCUCUCGUGGUGCGCGGGAGGAGAUUUUCUCCCGGGACAAGGGGAAACUGUUGGUGAUGCGUGAGCACCAACGCCCGGAUUGGAUUGACUGCGUGCCCUCUGACAAGCACCUCGGGUCGGUCCUCACAUACAGUGGCACGAUGCUCAAUGAUAUAAAGGCUAGGGUAGGGCGUGCGCGUGCUGACUUCGCCGAGGGGCGACGGCUUGUGUUCUGCUGCCCUGGCCUGGCGCUGCGCAAACGUGUUGCCUUAAUGCCACCAAUAUGUGCUUUCUGGACAUUUCUGGACUCUUUGCUGGGGCCGGCACCUGGCCCCUGCUUGGGCAGGGGCCUUGGCAUGCGUUGGACCAUUGUUUGGUUUCCCUUCACCGGCAGAUGCUGCGAAUUCGAGUCGGCUCUGACCAGCACUGGACUCGUGACGCCGUGUUUGCGGAAUGCGCCUCGCCUGACACAGUGGAUUUGUUGUCGGCGGAACGCUUGCGAUGCCUCUGUCGCCUUGUCCGCACUGGACCUCCGGCGGCCUGGGCUGUGUUGCAAAACAGCCCGGACGCGAUUCUUGCCUUUAAGGCGGCUCUGGGGUGGUUCUAUGACGCGGUUAAUGCCACGUGCCCGCUUGGCCAUUUCGAAUCUGCCUGGCCUGUCUGGGUUUCUUCGAUGCGGGAUCGUGCCCGUUGCUGGAAAGGGUGGAUUCGUCGUGCUCUUGCUUGGCAUGUGGGUGUUCGCUGCCUUGGUGUUGCGUGGUACCGCUUUGUCCGCUCGGAGUGGGCUACACGGCCCUUGCCUGCAUCGGACCCCACGGUGUCGGAGCACGGCUGUCUACAGUGUGGCGGUCGAUUCCGGCUAUGAGGACCUCCUCCCUGUGCUCACGGGUGGUGAAGGCCAUGUCCAGAGUAGGGCUCGGGCCGGACGUGGCACCUCUGGGCUGCCGCCCCUUGUCCCUGAGGUUGAUGUUGAUCUCCUCGCUCGCCUGCGCUCCCUCACCACCGCAACGGAUGAGGUCAUUUAUGAGACGGAGAUGUGCAGCAUCAUGCUCGUAUUGAUCCUGUUGUAUUGCCUCUUCCGUGGUUGGCGCCGGUUUGGGUUUGGUCAGCCGCCACCGGCCUGUCUGGAGUUCGCCUGCGCCUUUGUGCGCAUCCCGCCUCCACCUGCGAUUGGACCCACCUUCUGGGCUGUCCCCUCGUGCUCUUUGCGUGCUUUGAAAAAGCACCAGAGUUGGCUUGGACUUUGCCUCACCUGGGUAUCACUCGCUCUGCAGGUUGCCCGUCGCGGCCGCAGGAGCCACCUGGUCUUCGGCUUUUCUGCGAAAAAUGCAGGUGCCUUUGAGGACUGGUUGUUGGCCUGUCGGUGCGUGGGUGCGGCCGGCAAGAGUCGCGACAAGGCAGCUGCUGUGCGUAGCCUGGCGGCUGCAGCCUUGCUCCGCGCUCCGGGACUGAAUACAGUUCUGGCUUCGCACAAGCUGUACAGGAAGGCUUUGAUGUCGAACUUGGAGUUGGGUCCACGCGAGGCCUUCGUGCCUGCAAAGCUCAACUGGCUUUGGGCUACCUCCCCAGAGGAAGAA